CUUCUUUGACGACACACGCGCGCGUCGUUUCAGAACUUUCGUUCAUUAAAUGUAAUACGUUAGUUACUUCACUUAACAAACGUUUUAUUCUUAUUCUAUCAAAAUGUUUGUAAUGAUCAAAGAUCAAAAGUGAAAGUGCAAAUUUUAAUAAUAGACCACACAUUGUUUUUUCUCUCAGUUCACGUCGAAAAUGGCCAAAAGCCGUACAUUAAUUUAAAUACAAAGUAUACUAUAGUUUUAAUAAAGAAAGGAUGUCUUCCAAAUAUGGAUCAACUGAUGUUAAUGAGACAAUGGUGGAAAACGCGAAGGAGGCGGAAGUUGAAAUUGAUUUAAGCCGAUCAUCGAAAAGACUACAAUGGUGGCGGGAUCACCAGAACGUUCUAUUCGGGCUGGGGCACGUGCACAACGACCUAUGCGCCGCCAUGUGGUUUUCCUACAUGAUGCUUUUCUUCCAAGCUGUGCUGGAGAUGAGGUCCGCUGUCGCGGGAUUUUUGCUUAUGACGGGACAAAUUGUUGAUGCUAUAGCUACUCCAGUGGUUGGUAUUCUGGCAGAUAGGUAUGGCACGAAGAAGUCCUGGCACUUAACAGGGAGCAUCAUGGUGACUUGCACUUUCCCUAUGUUAUUUAUCCGCUGCUGGGGCUGCUGGAUCGGCGCGGACGUCGACUACCUCGCAUGGUGGAUGCCACUCUACUACUCCGUACUCAUCACCUUCUUCCAGAUCGGCUGGGCCAUAGUCCAAAUAUCGCAUCUGGCAAUGAUACCGAGCAUUUCAGACAGCCUGCAAGUUCGAUCGGAACUUACUUCCAUAAGAUAUAUGGCUUCGGUGACGUCAAGCAUAACGGUUUACCUGAUUACUUGGGUAGUAUUACGAGCAACCAACUACAGCACGUUCAUCGGACCAACAGACGAUUACAAAUUACGCGACGUGGCACUAAUAAUAACAGGAAUAGGCGUGACGGCAUUCACGUUGUUUCACGUCCUGUUUAAGCUGAGAACAGCAAAGGCACCAAAGAGCAAUGGCCAUACCAUAACCAACGGUUCCUCGGCUUUGCUGACUAAGGAAGAACACGACGCUGAGCAGCAGACUGACACUAGAUCCAAAAUUUACCAUUUCCUACGAAUGCCACUCUUAUAUCAGACAAGUUUAUUAUACGUUUUCUCACGGCUCUACUGGGCGCUGACAUUAGUCUAUGUGCCCCUAUUUCUGGAAGAGAGGCUUUCAGUCAACCCCAGUGCAGGUUCCGAGCUGGUGGCUAGCGUGCCUCUGGUGCUGUAUAUAUCAUCAUUUUUCUCAUCUCUCCUACUUAAAAGCAAGAUCACCAGUUGCGGUAACCAGGUGGCGUAUUUAUUAGGGAGUUUUUUGAGUUUCAUCAGCUGCCUGUGGAUCGCACUAGGAGUGGAUCCUCAUGCCAACAUAGUGCAAAUUUAUCUAGUUGCAGCUUUGAUGGGCGCUGGUAGCUCAAUAACACUAGUUUCCAGCCUUUGCGUUACCGCCGACCUCAUAGGUCCUCAUUCCCACCAGGGUGCUGCUAUAUACUCCAUCGUCACCUUUGCUGACAAGCUGGUGACCGGUAUAGCUGUCGUCGCAAUUGAAAACUAUAAGUGCAGUAAUGCAGAAGACUGCCCUGAAUACUACAGGGGAGUGCUAACCUACGCCUGUGGAGGCAGCGCGGUUUUGGGUUCCUUCUCAUUAAUCUUUGCCCGAUUGACAACCAGAAGUAAAGCUGCAACCUAAACCUACGAGUAUGUGUAUUAUAUAGAAUACGUAAUUAUAAAUCAUAGUAUUGUAAAAAAAUCAAAUCAAUAAAUAUUUUAAUUCUAAAAGUAA